AACCGCCUUAAGACAACAAAACAAAUUUAGCCGGUUGCGGAACUUUUUUGCACUGAUAGAUUCCGGACAAUUUUCUGAACAAACUUGUUGAAAAUGGCCAAGAACUUGCUUAUGUUGUUGCCGCAUGGUGCGGAAGAAAUGGAGUUUGUCAUCUGCGUUGAUGUGUUACGUCGAUGUGGAGUCAACGUUACUGUUGCUGGUCUCGGAGGAACUACGAUCAAAUGCUCCAGAGAUGUUGUCAUCAAUGCAGAUACCACACUCGACGAUGCGGUGAAGAACGAUUUCGAUGCAAUCGCAUUGCCUGGCGGACUUGGCGGAUCAAAGGCUAUGUCCGAAUCUUCAAAGCUGGGUGAAGUGCUCAAGUUGUAUGAGUCCAAAGGAAAACUAAUCGCUGCAAUUUGUGCAGCACCAACUGUAUUGUUGACGCAUUCAAUCGCUCUCGGCAAAUCGUUAACAUCGUAUCCUUCGUUUAAAGAGCAGCUUUCUUCACAGUAUAAAUAUGUUGAGGAUAAAACCGUAGUCGUGGAUGGAAAUCUUGUUACCAGUCGCGGCCCGGGCACUGCCUUCGAUUUUGCGCUUAAGCUAGGCGAGAUCCUUGUCGGUUUGGACAAAACAAAGCAGGUCGCAUCUGGAAUGCUGUAUAAUAUGGAUUAGAGUAGACCAUCCGAAAUGUUUUGAAAUAGUCCGGUUCUAGGAACCAUUAUUGUUACAAAAAUGUGCUCUGCUUUGAUUGGUUUUUGUUUGAUAAUUCGAAACAAUUAAAUUGUUCUUUAUUG